AUGGCGAAGGAAAUGACGAUUGAUCUUUCAAAAAUCACACUCCGUCCAUAUAAAAUUUCCUAUGUUGAUGACUUCUUGAUGUACGGUGGCGACGACAAAGUGACACGAUUUAUUAUCAUCGUGCCAAAAUCCGGUGAUGACAGAUGUAGGGCAGAUGUUGGGUACGCCUUAGCUGCCGAGUACUGGGGGCAAGGUAUAGCAGCUAGAGCAGUGAAGAUGGCCAUCGCCCAAGGGUUAAAAGAAUUCCCAGAUGUGGUCAGGUUUCAAGCUUUGGUUGAGUUGGAGAACAACGCCUCUCAAAAGGUCUUGGAGAAACUUGGGUUCCUCAAGGAAGGUAAUCAUGAGGAAGUAUGUAAUACCCUUGAUAUUUCUUAG